CAUAUGUGUUAUUUCAUCGUUUUGAUGUCUUCACUAUUUUUGUACAAUUUAGAAAAUAGUAAAAAUAAAGAGAAACCCUUGAAUGAGUAGGUGCGUCCAAACUUUUGACUGGUACUGUAUAUGUUUUCAUCAGUUCAACGUGCAUGCAAGAGACCGGUUGGAAUGUCUGACUGAAAUACAGGACUAAUCAACAACAACAAAAAGUGAAAUUGGUGGGGUUUAAAUUUGUUGAUAAAAUGCGGGACAUGAUUGUUUAGUUGCAGGACAAAGGACCAAAAUGUGGGACUGUCCGCACAAUCAGGGACUUGUGGUCACCCUAACUCCAGAUAGAUGGCAUAGUAGCCCACACAUGAAUAGUAAUGUUAAUUAUAAUUGUAUGGUCACAGUCUUGAAGUCUCAUUACUUACAGGGCUGUGAAAACAAUUAACACAAUACAGGGAUGCAAACCAGGUGCAUGUUGGAUCUUCUGGACCUUUUCCAAGCAUGGAGGAACAAACUUGCAGCCGUUCAUAUCACUGAAGACCACUACUAUAUAGUGGUAGGAUAUGGUGCUAGUACCUCAGGGGAGUUGGGGGUGCAGAGGGGCUAGUAGAACAGAAUGCAGCCUUUCUCACUCGGUAGCCAACUGGAGGCAGGCACAAAGCUAGGCCCCUCAUGGUUCUCACUGGCUAAGACUGUCCUGCACCCUAAUGGUAGGAAGGUGUACUAGUCAAACAUAACGGUACUAAAACCCUUAAGACAAAUGGCUUGAAACAGAGCAAUUACACAGAACUCGGGUUGGUCUUGUGAUGUUGUACUCGCCAAUAUCAAUAUUCUCCAAAGAUUGUAAAUGAACCACUUAAGUUUAUACAUAUAUAUUAUGACAGCACACCUAUCAUCUUAGGCCAAUGGGUACAAAUGGUAUACAGAUGGCAUCAAUGAAGAUGAGUUACAAGUGAGUGUUCCAAUUCUGUGUCAGGCUCUCAAAAUUGCUUUAUUUGAUCGACUUUCACAGAAGACUCCGGGGUUUGUAUCUUCUUGCCCGCCCGCCCGUCUUGUCCAUCUGCAGAGCCUUGUGCAGCAAUUCUUUGAUGUUGGACUGUGGAAGAGUGGGAGAGUGUAAGCUUGUCUUUCUGCACAACUAAACCUUUUAAUAACUAUUAUUAUAAUAAUUGCUCUGCUCUGGGUGAACCAUCUCCACACUGGAACACAAUCAGAUAUAUAAAUGAGAGAACCAUGUAUGUGCUGUAAUGUACUGUGGACAUUUAGACAAACAGCAAUGCCUGAAUAUACAGGGUACACAUGCAUUCAAUCAGUGACUUUACUCGCUCUGAAACCUAGAAGUAGUAGUUUCCCUAGCUUUAAAAGGGCCUCAGCUUUGUUGAGCAAUAGGUAACAAUGCUUUGUGGGUGACAGUUGUCAAUGUGUUCAGAGGGUCCCUGGUUCGUGCUCAGGUUGGGGCAAGCAGAGGGACGGAAGCAACACUGUUACAGUACAUACAGAAACAAACACCCAUUCACAGAAAAUCAGAGAGAAUAUAUAAUUUAUUGGUGGUUCCCAUGUAAUGCAGGCUGGCUAAACAAACAUACUUUUGCAUUCGGAAAGUAUUCAGACCCCUUGACUUUCCACAUUAUUACCUUACAACCUUAUUCUAAAAUGGGUUAAACCUGGAACCAUCCCUACGGUGAAGCAUGGUGGUGGCAGCAUCAUGCUGUGGGGAUGUUUUUCUGCGGCAGGGACUGGGAGACUAGUCAGGGUUGAGGGAAAGAUGAAUGGAGCAGGAGCAAAGUACAGAGAUCCUUGAUGAAACCUGCUCCAGAGCGCUCAGGACUUCAGACUGGGGCGAAGCUUCACCUUCCAACAGGAAAACGACCCUAAGCACACAGCCAAGACAACGCAGGAGUGGCUUCGGGACAAGUCUCUGAAUGUCCUUGAGUGGCCCAGCCAGAGCCCGGACUUGAACCUGAUCGAACAUCUCUGGAGAGACCUGAAAAUAGCUGUGCAGCAACGCUCCCCAUCCAACCUGACAGAGCUUGAGAGGAUCUGCAGAGAAGAAUGGGAGAAACUCCCCAAAUACAGGUGUCAUACUCAAGAAGACUCAAGGCUAUAAUUGCUGUCAAAGGUGCUUCAACAAAGUACUGAGUCAAGGGUCUGAAUAAUUAUGUAAAUGUAAUAUUUUUGUUUUUAAUUUUGAAUAAAUUUGCAAAAAAUUAGAAAAACCUGUUUUUGGUUUGCCAUUAUGGGCUAUUGUGUGUAGAUUGAGGGGGGACAUUUAAAUUUUUAUUUUAUUUUAGAAUAAAGCUGUAACGUAACAAGAUGUGGAAAAAGUCAAGGGGUCUGCAUACUUUCCGAAUGCACUGUAUGAUUGGACUGGUGCCCAGAUCACUGAUGCUACAUUAGCCACACAGAGGGCAGUACAGACUUAGUUUUGUAGGUAUUAAUUGAGGACCCAGGUGAGGGACACAAUCUUGUUGGCUGUCAGAUCCUCUGCACCCUCAUGGACACAGUUUUAUGGUAGAGCUUGAAGAACCUGUCAAGGUGUUGUAAUGUUUUAGGAAGCACUGCAGCAGAGUCAUUGCUCACUUUGGCCUCCAGCCUUGCACAUGGCGCGCUGCAGCGCUAUCCAGAGUUGCUUGGCCUGGAUGUCCGACAGGCCCUACACCUUGCCAAAGUAGUUUCAAAUUAGGUUAAUGUUGUGCGGGUUCUUGCUGCCCAUGCGGUAGUGAUCGUACAUGAGGUCAUUCCAUGAGCACUCCAGGUUCACCAGCUUGUGCCGAACCUCCAGCAGUUCAUCAUACUUUGUCAUUAACGGAGUGUUUGCCACCUUCUCAGGCACUGCUCUAGAAGGGAGGAGAAAUAUAUAUACACACACAAAUACAUUGUGCCACAUCAAAUGCAAUGCAAGCCAACAAUAAUUCCCAAUCAAGUUGCAUGCAACGGUGCAGCUGAACAUACGUGAGAAGAUAUUCUUCAGGUUCUCCACAGCUGAGGCUAGCUGACUGGGUUUUCAAUGGUGUUGAUGCUUUUGCCAGAGUGUUCUGGAUGUCCUUCACAUCCCCCGGGGCAUUGUGGAGCUGACGGGGUCCUUUCGGGAGUGGAUUUCAGCCUGGAGACAGACAAUUUGUAAACGGUUUAGAUAGCUUUGACAUUGGCUGACAAUGUCAAACCCUAAAUAAAUUAUUUUCUACCCUCAGUUAUGCUUCUACUAAAACACCAGAUCUAACUGGGUGAUCAAUAAAUCAUGGGAUUUAUGUCAGUUGCUAGGUCUUAGCAGGUGAAUAAUAUGUUUUUAAUAUAAUGAUGCUAGCCAGCUAACUAUGUCUCCAUACAGAAUCAAGCUAGCUAGCUUAAAAAUGUUUGCAAAAUAACUUUGACACUAGCUAUCGAAAUUGAUUAGGUAGACUACAACGCUAGUUACAAACUCUUAAUAGCAAUGGCUUAUAGCUUCCCAAAAAAUAUUACAAAGAAGAAAAAAAGCUUGCUACCUAGCCAUAAAAGAAAUACAUUUAAGCUUACCUGCUAUGACAGCUAACAGUUGGGCUUCUUUGGUGGACUUUGUGCAAUCAGUCUCAGUGGUAACCUUGUAAUGCACAUUGUAAUUAACAGGUGGUUGCCUUCAGACGAUCACAGCCCAUGUGAGCUGUCACCAACCAACCAGUGUAGAGUAUGCUGGUCUAUAAAAACCUCAUCUGAUUGGUUAGAAGAAACAGGUCCCUCCAAGAACUCCUACUCUCUCUCUCCUUAGUAAUUGCUGUUUGCACAUCUACAAAUAUUUUUGUCACGGUAGGGCGCUAAAGCACUGCCAAAAGUCUGAGCACACAAAAUUGACAUGCGCAGGUGUACAGAAUAAAUAAUACAUUUGUGAAUGCGAUCACAACUACUGAUUAUUAUUUCAUGUUCACAAUUGAUCAGUUACCCACAUUUUGUUUACAACUACAAAUCUAUUCUACACACUCAAAUCAUUAUGUCAAUGAUCUACCUCCAUACAGAGAUCUUUAUAUAAUGAGGAGAUGCUCAUGUCUUCGACCUAACAAAGGUAGGAAGGCAGGCGACAAGUUUAGGUCCAUAGUAAACCCAUAGAAACGCAUUGGGAUUAUUUUGGACAGAUCUGAAUUGCAUCUGGUUUACACAUGCUCGCUAGCCCUCAGUGUGUACAGGGAGAAGCGUGAGCAGUGAUGAUGUUAUCACGUCAUCCAAAAACAUGCCAGACAUUGGAUGAAUAUAAAAUGUUAAUAUCUUCGUCGGCUGUGAGUGUUGAAUUUUUUUUAAAUGUCCCGUUAUCCCAACUGUUACAACGAGAAGAUUGAAUUACUGCUAUUUCCGACAGCUAUGUUCAAUCAUCUCGCUGUAACAUUUGGGAUAAUGGAACAAUUCCGAGUACAACGCAAUUUCUCAUCCCUGGAUUGAGGAAUGUUUUCUGAGUCAUAUCUCGACAGCUCCGCUGUGUUAAUUUAAGCUAACGGCCUGUCAAACCCUGUAGUGCAGCUGUAAUCAAGUGUAAGGUGUCGGAUCCGCUGGGUUUUGGAUAAACAGAAAAUAAGUUCUGUGGUAAACACAGGUUUUCAAUGGAAUUGCAACCCUCUGCAUGCACAGUGCAUUCUUCCAUCACAUGUGCAGUGCACUCUUCCAUCACAGCUGAUUCUUGCACACUAAUGAGAUGCUAUUGAUCCCACACUACUACACUGUCUAAGCCAAGGACUACAUGCUUUCUGACCUCCAGCAGCGUACUCUCUCUGUCUCUGAAGAGGAGGUUCCCCCUAAGCAGCAGCACUGUGAGCAGGAGUGGAGCCCCAGUCUGGGACCGGAGGACACAGAGCCCAUACAGAUUAAAGAGGAAGAGGAGGAACUCAGGACCAGUCAGGAGGAAGAGCAGAUUCAUGGGUUUGAGACUGAUACUAAAGACUCCAUAUUCACUGCUGGCUGUGUGAAAAGUGACUGUGAUGAGGACCCAACUCAUCCCUCACAAGCCCAAAAGGAAGGAAAUGGCAAGAGAGACCCUACAACUGAACAGAUCACAACACAACCUGAUGGAGAGGACUACAUAGAAUCAGAACCAACCAGUGUCUCCCAGCCCCUCUCUGCAGUAAAUCCAGACUGUUUUGCAGCUCAGACUGAAAACAUUGAAAGUGUAGGUGGUAUGGAGACUGGAGGACCUCUGUCAGGUUUUAAGCCAGUCAUAUCAAAGAGAUCAGAGAUGGCAAAAGGACAAAAGUCCCCUAUCAAUACUAAGGGUAAGACAUGGACACAAUUCUCCCUCCUGAAAUCACCCAGUCAAAGUCAUGCUACUUCCUAUUGUUCCUGCCCUGUUUGUGGUACAUGCUUCAACCAGAAUGAAGAUCUGAAAAGACACAUGAGGAGCCACACAGGAGAGAAUUCAUAUUAUUGCCAUGAUUGUGGCAAAACAUUCAUUCGGAGUGGACAUCUAAAAAUACAUAUGCGGAUUCACACAGGGGAGAAGCCUUUUAAUUGUCGUCAUUGUGGCCAAGGAUUCAACCAGAACGGAAAUCUAAAAAGACACAUGAGGAUUCACACAGGAGAGAAACCUUAUCACUGUCAUUUUUGUGGCAAAGGAUUCUGCAACAGCAGUAAUCUGAAAAAACACAUACGGAUUCACACAGGUGCAGGGUUUGGGUCAAUUCCAAUUUAGUUCGAAAUUCCAAUUCAAUUCUUGAAUUCACUCAAGCAGUGGAGAAUUUACAUUGGAUUCAAUUCAAAUUUCAACAAUCUUUAAGUUAUGGAUUUGGAAUUAGACUGUUGAGUUGGAAUUGUAAAAACAUUUCAUCUUUGGAAUUUAAUGAAAAUGUAUGGAAUUUAUGCACUUAGAAUUUUUUUAUUGCAGGAUUUGUUUUAAAUCAUUUCAACUUGUAUUUAUAUAUCUACACUAUAGCUGUCUGAACAGUGACAUAUUCAGCCAGAAAGAAGCCUGAAUGAAUUUAAUUCGAAUUUGUGGAAUUAGGGAUAAUAUUGAAUUGGGAAUUGAGUUCUUGGAAUUUACCUAACAUUAGAAUUGGGAGGACAGUAAUUACUGACCUGAAAUUUGAAUUUAAUUAAAUGAAAUUUACAGGGAGAGGGAAUUGAAUUAGAACUGAAUUUGUGCAAUUAACCCCAACCCUGUAUGGGGGGGAGAGAAGCCAUUUCACUGCCCUGAUUGUGGCAAAACACUAAUGCUACAGCUCGAUCAACAAAUUAAUUCACACAGAGGAGAGAUAAGAUUGUUACUGCCCUAAUUGUGGCACAGGCUUCAAUCCGAUUGACCAUCAAAAGUUACACGAGCUCACACGGGAGAAAUGAUAUCAUUGCCGUGUUGAUGACUGAUGUUUCAGGAAUUACAUAAAUCCAAAAAGUACUCACAUGGGAGAGACAAUUAAGAUGCAAUGAUUGAUAUGCUUAAGUGGGCCCAUUCAUAAAAAUGAACCUUGUGAAACAUGUAUUUUUUCUUCAUCCAGGGAUGGUGUGUUUUAUUCACAACAUAAUAAAUGUUGAUAACCUUGUU